CAAUCCAGAAACCGAAUAUCAUAUGAAGAACAAAAACCGGAAAGCUGACAAAAUGUACUGGGAGGAGAAGCUAGGAGAAAAAGGACUCAGCGCUAUCAGUCCUCAGGGGGCAUUUAAGGAACCUUAUGGGUGGCUCACUAAUUUAAUCAACAGGUUUGCCUUUAAAGGUGGAUUCCAUUGCAUUGAAAAAAGUAUGAAGAAGGAGGAUUUAGAUGCCCCUGCAAUGGCUGCAUUGUUUCAUCCAUUUGGUCAGUGUGCAGAGUUCCUCAAUGAAGACGUGGUCAAGCCAUUACUGGCCAAUGGGCUGGAGAGGGUCAUUCAGUUUGUUCAAGGACUGAGUGAGAAUGAUCUCAAAGAUAAGAGAGUUGGGAGUGUUUGUGAUUUGCUGGCUACAGUUAAAUUGAUCUGCCUGGAGAUGUGGAAGACUGAUGUCUCUUCUGUGGAUGAACUCAGACUAGAAAUAGUGCUCAGGAUGAUUAAAUCACCCAACUUCAAUGCAAGGAUGAAUGCUUUAAAAGAGGUCUCCAGACUAAUUGAAGAUGCUACAGCAACCAAGAUGUCAAAAAUUGCCAUACAUGCUGACAAAGUACAAGAUUGGCUGGAAGAGAAAAAUGUGUUGUCAUUGGCACUAGAAGGAAACAUAGACCAAGACCAAUAUUGUGAAAAAAUCAAAGGCAUAGUAGAUUUUCUAGGAACUAGACUUUCUUUAGAUGAAAUAGAACAAAUCUGGAAAAUCCAGCAUGGCAGAAGUAACCAUGUUGUGGACAAUAUUCACACCAUCAUGGCAGCUGCGGCAGUGAAGUUUAAUCCUCAGCAACUCGAUAACUUUGUUAUUCUUGUACAGAAAAGCUGGCAAGUUGAGAAUGACAAAAUGAAAGAAAGGCUGCUGAGUCUGAUAGGGCGUAUAGGGAAGGAUGCCAGGGUUCCUAAGACCACCACCAGAGUGCUGGAACUGCUGUGGGACCUGGCCCAUGUCCCGUCACUGACCACCAACUUAAUAGAGCAGGCCCUGGGAGAACAUCUGGUCAUUCUCAGUGAUGCCUAUAGUGUGCGAGAGCAGGUGAAGAAGAAUUACUUAACUAAAUGUGUGGAAGACAUAAAGAAGGGAGUGUGGGUGCUACCUGCUUUGAAACAACUCUUACAUAUAUCCAAAAAUAUAGCAAAGCAAACAUUCUCAAAAGCUGACAGGGGUAUCUUAUAUGACCUCAACAAAACCUGUGAUACAGUUAAGUUAGUAACCAAUAGUUUAGUCAAGUGCCAUAAACUGGGUGUUGAUGCAGCAAAGGCCAAGGAAGAACCUCUGCAACCAGACACAGUUGUGGAUGGCAGAUAUACUCAUGAAGAUUAUGUUAGUGUCCAUUUAGAAUUCCUCCAGUUCACAUUACAAGAAGGGGCACUGUACUUAUCCUGGCACAGGGCCAGGGACAUAUGGGACACCCUGGUGGCCAACCCUGAGGCCUGCAACUGGGACAAGGAGGUGUGUUUUGAGUGGUUUACAAAAGGGAUAUCUGACCUGGAAGCCGAAACACAAGAAUCGCUGUUCCAGAAAGAGCUGCUGAAGCUUGAUCCAUGUAAAAUGACUGAAAAGGGAUUCAGGUGCUGGAAAUUCUUUUUUGAAAGUGUCAACAUGUAUCAGAAUAAACUAAAGAAGCAGGGUACUCUCUUGGUUGUUGAGAAAAGUGAUCUCAUUGGUCUAGACUAUCUGUGGGAGACAUGCCUCAAUAUCACAGAUGAAGACAUUGCUCAGGAAGCCAUAGAUGUCCUACUUCACAUGUCCUACAUCAGUCUGGUACCAAAACUGAAGAAGGAUCCUGUUCCACUGCACAGAAAGUUUAUCGAGGAAUGUUAUGGAAGACUUGAGGGUGCAAUGAUAACAAUAGGAGGCUCAGCCAUUUUCCAGGCUUUCUCCACUGCAACCAAGACCCUGACAGCAGCAGUGGUCCCAGAGGUGGCUUCUGUCCCCUCACCUAGCAGGUCUGCCAAGUUACUGAACAUAGAGAGGCUCCUGUCCAUAGCAGAGAGGUACAUCCUGACAGUGGAAGAGCUACAUAUGGGUCCUAGAACCAUCCUCCCUCAUGGUGCAUCUUUCCAGGGACAUCCCCUCAACCUGUACGUCAGUUCAGAGUCACCUAAACAUGAGUUCACAGUCACAACACACAGCAAUGAAAGACUAGUAUCUGUGAGGCAGAAGAUAGCUAUGGAGUUGAAGUGUUCACCAGAGCAAGUUCAGAUAGUGGCCAAUGACAAAAUGUUGACACAAAUGAAGGACCAAAAGCUGAUGCAUCAGUUGAAUAUUGAGGACCAGCAGACAGUUUGUGUGCGGACGCUAACUGGCAUUGGGACAUCAGGGUCUGGAAGUGCUGCUGUUAAAGAGCCACCUCCAUCAUACAGGUCCACAUUUGAUCUAGAACAGGAAAAAACAUUACCUGGUGUUGUCAUGGCGUCAGGUGGCCAGGUGUUUGAUAUGUUAUAUCAAAUGGCAGAGUUAGAAGAACCAAAGAUCAUGAUUUGUGUGAGAAAUUUACUGAAACUCAUCCCCACAGACCCCUCAGUCAGUGAUGCCUUGGACUCCAUUGGGCAGAGGCCUCUCAGACAGCCUUCUCCAGAGGCCAGUCCCAGCCCUGCAGCCAGUCCUAAGAACAGUCCCAGGAAAGCUGCCGUGAUGCCAGCGCCACUCACCAGUCCUAAAUCUACACCAAAAGAUGUUCUCAGGGGGUUGUUUGAUGCCUCGUCACCAGAUAUGAAUCCUUUUAGGGUGCUUUAUAACCUUGAGGUAUUAAGCAGCAAACUCAUGCCUACCUGUGAAGAAUCAGGGACCUUAGAAAGUGCCAAACACUUCUGUGACGAUUUCCUCAAUGGUGGAGGAUUAAACUUGGUGGUCAAUCUGCUUCAGAAGGAAGCCAUUACGCCAGAUGUAGAUUAUAAAACCAGACAAGGCUGUUAUGCCAUAGGCCUUAGGUUGCUAAGAUAUUUAUUAUGUGGACAAACAGCAACAGGAGACAGUAAAAUCCUGACAUUACGCAGACGUCACAGUAGCACUGGUGCUAGCCUCUCAGCCGCAGCAGCAGCCAGGUCAUCUCCUGUCAAGUCCACUUCAUCUUCCAAGACAGCUGCCAUAGCAAUACAGACAAUGAGCAACACUGACUUCACAGAGACGGUCUCAUGUUUUAUGCGUGUAACCUGGGCAGCAGCUGCGGGAAGACUCCAUCUUGCCAGUGCCGUACAGCCAAUCAGAGAGUCCAGCAGUGGAAGACGCAGCAGACAAAGUAGUACAGGCAGCACAGCUAGUAACAGUAGUGAUGACAGUCAGUCCCUGUAUGCUGGAGUCUGUGCCCAUCAAACUAGUAUAUCUAACAAAGAUGUCACAAUAGCUAAAGAGGCUCUAGAACUUCUGGUCACCUGCUUGCAGCUACGCAGUCAAUUAAUAGCAUCUUUCUACAACUUACCGUGCAUAGGAGACUUCAUAAUUGAUGUUUUGGUCGGCUGUCCUGAUUUAGAGCUCAGGAAAUGUGCCAGGGACCAGUUUUACAAACUGAGCAAGACAUCAGUAGUUCCCCAGCAGGAGGGGCAGCAGACACCACACCAUUUCUUACUCCAGGUCCUGCUGAAGGCCAGGCUGCCAUUCUGGGUGCCUUCCAGUAGUAUCCGAGGAUCUAGUCAGAGGUUGCUAAGCCAGUGUACCCAGUACUUUGAGUUGAGAUGUUCUCUCUUAGAAAUGUUGAGUGUUGACGCACAAAAGAAGCUACAAAUAAAUCCAACCCAGAUGCUAGAAGAUGAAAUAGCUUGGCUGGGAAACUUUAAUCCAUCAGAACAGAAUGGCAUGAUGGAUACUGACAAUAUUCUCUUAGAAGGACACCUUAAUCUGAUAAGGACUCUCUUUACAUGUGAUGGAGUGGAGAAAAGGUCCUGGGGCAAGGAUCUCUUGAAAGACUUGCUGAAUGAUUUUCUGUUUCCAUCUUCUAAGCACAUCAUAGAUGAACCUGGGCCCACAAACACCAACAACAAUCAGUGGAACAGUAGUUCAAGAUGUGGCAGUCCAGAGUCCAGAGUGGCAGCUUACCAGUUGUUGGUAGAACUUGCUAAUGAGUGUGCUGAGAACCUGCAGGAUAUCUGUAGACAGCUGCUGAACAUGCACCACAGACAUAACCCUGACACUGCACAGGAGUGGGAGUUCCUCCCUCCAGUGGAAAGUAGAGCGAGCUGUGGUUUUGUUGGACUGAAAAAUGGUGGUGCUACAUGUUACAUGAAUUCUGUGAUCCAGUUACUAUAUAUGGUCCCAGGAAUACCAGAGUAUAUUUUGGGCAUAGAUGAUGAAAAUUUAGACGAAGAGAGUGUGUUCUACCAGAUCCAGCAUGUAUUUGGCAAUCUUAUGGAAAGCAAACUUCAGUACAAUGAACCAGAGAAAUUCUGGAAAGUGUUCAAACUCUGGGGUCAGACUGUCAACAUCAGGGAACAGCAGGAUGCAUUUGACUUCUUCACAGCAUUGAUAGACCAGUUAGAUGAACACUUAAAGAAAAUUGGGCGAGAAACUGUUUUCAAAAGAAGAUUCCAGGGUAUCUUUUCUGAUCAGAAAAUUUGCAGGGAUUGUCCUCACCGGUAUGAAAGGGAAGAGGCUUUCUAUGCUCUGAAUUUGACUGUGAAAAAUACAACUCUUCAGGAUUCUCUAGACCAGUUUGUGAAAGGGGAGUUGUUGGAAGGAGAAAAUGCUUACUUUUGUGAAAAAUGUGGGGAAAAGCGAGACACAGUGAAGAGAUUGUGCAUCAAAGCAUUACCCCCGCUGCUCUGCAUUCAGUUGAAGAGGUUUGGAUAUGACUGGGAGGCAAAUAGGGCACUCAAGUUUGAUGAUUAUUUUCAGUUUCCCUGGGUGUUAGACAUGGAACCCUACACAGAACAGGGAAUGUCCAAACGUGAGUCAGUGGUGGACCUGAUGGCCGAGGUCCCUGGGGAGGAUAGUGACCAACCCAUAGAGCUGCCAGCCUCUCCUUUGGCCACAAAAGCAAUCAACUACGAACUGGUUGGGGUGAUUGUCCACAGUGGUCAAGCCAAUGCUGGACAUUACUACUCAUUUAUUAAGGACAGGAGGGGCAAUGUGAUGAGCAACCCAAAUAGAGGGAAAUGGUUUAAGUUUAAUGACACAGUGGUAGAAGAGUUUGAGAUGACAGAUGCUGCACUGGAAGCAGAAUGCUUUGGAGGAACAUACAAGGCUAAGAUCUAUGAUCAGUCUAAUUCCUAUCCUGAAGAGAGGCUGCGCUACUGGAGUGGGUACCUGUUGUUCUACGAGCGUAUAGAGGAGAUGAUGAGAACUCCAGUGUCAGCCAAGAAGAGCCGGGUGUCCAAGAUGAGGAAAAGUCUGCAAGGGCUCAGUUCUGACAGAGAUAGCUUUGUGGAGCUGACAGAGCUGGUCUGUAGGGGGGACCACCAGGGCAUCUUUACUGAUAAGAUGCCAGCCAGGAUACAACAGCAAGUGAAAGAAGAAAACCUGAGGUUCAUGAAGAACAGAGAUGUCUAUAGCCCAGAGUACUUCAGAUUCAUUAGAGAAUUAGUCAUGAAAAAUUCAUACCACACAGAACAUCCAUGUUUUCCAAUGAUGUCUCUGGAGUCCUUACAGCUGGGGGUACAGUUCUUAAUACACACCUACCUCAGAACAAAGAAACAGCUCAGGUGUGACAUGGAUGAGUGGAUUGCCUGCAUUGAAACUUUGGUCCAUGGAUGUAAGUCAGCUUGUGAUUGGCUGAUAGAGUACCUGGCUAGUGAAGAAGGAGCGGCGUAUGUGUGCCAUUUCCUAUUGAAGUGCCCAACCAGAGAAAUUAGGAUAGCAUUUGGACGGAUCUUAGAAAGAACCAUGAGGUGCUAUUUUGAACAUGGAGGAACCACAGACCACAUUUGUUUCAAUGAAUUGAUUGAAAACUUGCUACUUUUGCUGGGCAGAGAUGUCCCUGAGAACUGUAAACAGUGCACUCAGUACUUCCGAGUCUUGAGCAAUUACGCACAAAUGGGAACAAUGGCCUGUCAGCAUCUCUUCAGCAGGAAUGCCUUCCAAAGAAUGAUUCAUUUCUUACUGGGACCAGCCCCUGCUGCUAAUGUGCAACAGGAAUCCAUCCCCAGGAAGUGGUCCUCUAUGCAGUCUCGGGACUUUGGUCCUCUUCACACCACUCUUGCCAUACUCAUUACUAACUGUGAUAUUGCUUCAUUCAGAACUGAAGAAGUGGGUAACCACCCUGCAUACCAGACUAAGCUAGUUCAGCCAGACAAACUACUGGACAUGCUACCUGAAGUACAAGAAUUUGUCUUUGGGAAAGAAUCUGGUCGCUAUCUGCGAGAAGUUGUCAUGGCAGUUCGUGAGAUAGGGGGCAGCAUUGCUCACAUCUUGGAUAUGUGCACAUACUGUAGCUUCUGCAAUGCCACAUUUAGCAUGACUCUUCUUAAGAAUAUUAUGUCGCAGUAUGCAUCUGCUCCUUCCAGUGAACUGAAAAGUUUAUUUGUUUUACUCAUGCAGUUACUGACUUUAGAAGACCCAUUGCAGUUGAAGAGAAUUCAGUGUACUAUUGAUGGCUACAUUGACGAGGAGAACUGCAGCUUUGAAGGAAUGUUAGGUGUAAUCAAAUGCAACCAUGCCAGUGACAGUAGACGUUCAUACCAGUGUAUCAAGUUCCUGGUCAACCUGGCCAACAAGUGUCCCCUGGCCAGAGAUUACCUGGUGCAGACACCCUCUAAGUGGCAGUGGGCUGUCAACUGGCUGAAGAGAAAGAUGCAACCCUCUGAGUUCACUUGGAGCUCCACGUCUACAAUAACUACUUCAUCUAACGAGGACUCGGACAGCAAAACUUUUCAAAGAACCAUGAGUGCCCAGGAUACAUUAGCAGAGGCCACUGCACUACUUACAGAACUGGAGGCUCAGGAGUCUGAGAUGGAUACAAACACUCUAAACAAUGAAGAAACUCGUGAGCAAGAUUCAAACUCUCAAAGUAAAAUGGAUAGUCUUGAUGAAGUGGACUUUUAGAAUACUUAUUGGACUAAAUUGUUAAGCAUUCUAUGAAUGUUUUAUGACAUUUGACUUAUUAAGUUAAGGACAGUCUCUGUUUCAGCUGAGGUGAAGAAUUUUUUGUUUAAAUUAUUGGGGCAGCUUUAACAGACUCUUAUUGGAUAUAAUUCGGUUAUUUAGACCCUUAACAGUUUUCCUGUUGUUUUAAUUUGUUAUUCAUUUCAGUCAUUUUUGGCUUGGAAUGAUUUUCAAUAUAUGUAAACAAAAUGCUUACUGCAGUUAGUUACAAUAAGGGUUUGGGAGCACUUUAUUUUCUCAGGAAAUGCAUGUGUUCUUUUUUUCUGGGAAAAGUGGAUAUAGUAAUAAGAACAGUCUGCUGUCUUAUUUUUUUUUAAUUUGCUGAUUCAUUUAUUUUUU